AUUCGAUAAUCUACUCAUUAAUCAGUGAACUGCACCAGCCCUUCUGAGAUUUUGUGGUGUAGAGCACGCUAAUAAUGAAUUCUCUACGCGGACGGUCGUCAAUUGCUCCCUGCUAUCGUCCCUCCCAUAAAGGUUGAUGCUUUCCCACAUCACGCACCCUGUUCACUUUAUUUCCCACUAUUGACUAUAUCAGGCAGGCUGAGGCUCACGCUGCCUACCCACAGUGAUAUGUUCUACUGCUGACAAAUUAAGGAAAUUCAAUUCUUCAAGAUCUUUCCCUAGCCUAGAGAAGAAGAUCUGAUCUACCGGUUAAGAAGAUGACAUCUCAGAUGCAUUUCCGGCUCCUUUUGGUCCUACUUCUCUCAGAUUUGUACAGCAUCAUUGAUGUCAAGUUGGCGUCAGCCCGAUGCCUGAGUGAAGAGAUGGAUUUGUUGCUUCAGUUGAGGAACAACCUCACGUAUGACGCUUCGCUUUCUACCAAGCUGGUGAGCUGGGAUGAACAGAGUGAUUGCUGCAGUUGGAGAGGCGUGCGUUGUGACGAUGCGGGUCAUGUUAUUGACCUCGACCUUAGCAGUGAUUCAAUCUCUGGCAAUCUUGACGAUUCAAGCAGUCUUUUCCGCCUCCAAUUUCUCCGGAGAUUGAACUUAGCUGGAAACUCCUUCGACUCUACGCAGUUGCCAACGGGGUUUGGAAUGCUGAAGGAAUUGGUUUACCUGAACCUGUCAGAAACAGGCUUUGCUGGGCAAAUCCCGAGCGAGUUUUCACGGAUUUCGAGGUUGGUAACUCUGGACCUCUCUACUUUUUCACCUGGCUACAUCCUCUCGCUCAAACUUGAGAGCCCAAAUCUUAAUAUGUUGAUUCACAACCUCACAAGGCUUAGAGAUCUUCGUCUUGACGGCGUAGAUAUUGCCGCGGCCGGGGAUGAUUGGUGCCAUGCACUGUCAUCUGCACUGCCUGAUUUGCGAGUCUUGAGUUUGUCCUACUGCAAUAUUUCAGGCCCCCUAGAUUCCUCUUUGGCAAAACUUCAGUCUCUCUCUGUUAUCAAGCUGGAUGGCAAUAUUUUUUCAUCUCCACUUCCAGAUUUCUUUGCAGAAUUUGCCAAUCUAACUGCCUUGAGUGCUGGAUCGUGUGGCUUGACAGGAGAAGCUCCUCAACGGAUAUUCCAAUUGCCAACUCUACGGACCAUUGACUUAUCAAACAAUAGAGAACUUGGUGGCUCUUUACCAGAAUUCCCUGAAAACGGGUCCCUAGAGACUCUGGAGCUUAGCUACACUUACUUUUCGGGGAAUUUACCAGAUUCUAUUGGCAAUCUCAAAAUGUUGUCCAGCUUGAGGCUUUUUGGUUGCAAUUUUUCAGGGCCAAUCGCUAGUUCAAUAUCUAGCCUUUCCCAGCUUAUCGCUAUCGACCUGUCCGUGAAUCAUUUAACCGGUUCACUCCCAUCAUUUAGCCUGUCCAGGAAACUUAGUUCUAUAGGCCUUCGCGAUAAUAAAUUGAUUGGCAAGAUUCCAUUAGAAUGGAAAGGCCUCAAGAAUCUGACCUUUCUUGACCUGAGCGACAAUUCACUUAGUGGAGAACUUCCAGCAUUCCUGUUUUCUCUGCCAUCACUAGAGACCUUAACACUUCCGAACAACCGUUUUUCUGGUCAGAUCAGUGAAUUGGAAAGCGCAUCUCUAUCUCCACUAGAACAACUUGACUUGAGUGGCAACAAUCUUGAAGGGCCUAUACCCAAGUUUGUUUUUAAAAUCACUGGUCUCUCGACUCUCUCUCUUGCUUCUAAUAAAUUUACAGGCACGGUAGAACUGGUGGAAUUUAUAGAGCUCAAGAAUCUUUUCAGUCUUCAUCUUUCAUACAAUAAGCUGUCAGUUGGCACAAGCGGAAGUGACUCUGACUUUUCUUUGCUCCCCCAGUUUAAUAGUUUUAUGUUAGCCUCUUGCAAGCUGCAAAAGUUUCCCUUUCUGAAGAACCAAUCAAGAUUGAAUAUGCUAGAUCUUUCAGAAAACCAAAUAACUGGUGAGAUACCAAACUGGAUAUGGGAAGUUCAUGAUGGUUAUCUCCCAUAUGUGAAUCUAUCUCAUAACCAUUUCACGGGCCUUCAAGAGCCUUACCAUUUUCACACUCAUCAAUAUCUUGAUUUGCACUCGAAUCUGCUUAUUGGAGGCAUCCCUUUACCACCGCGAUCAGCUGUCUAUGUGGACUUCUCAAGCAAUAAAUUUACUUCUUCGCUUCCAGCUGAUAUCGGUAAUCAUCUCUCAUCUGCCAUGAACUUCAGCAUCGCAAACAACAGCAUUGUUGGCGGCAUUCCUCUUUCAUUAUGUAAUGCGAGUCUUCUGGAAGUACUUGACCUGUCGGGUAAUAGUUUAAGCAGCUCCAUACCUUCGUGUUUGAUAGAAAAGUCCAGAUCCCUCGUGGUACUGGACUUACAUGGAAACAAGCUAAGUGGAAAUAUACCCGAUACAUUUCCAGGGGACUGCAAGUUAGAGACAUUGGACCUGAGUUUUAAUCAAUUAGAAGGCAAGGUUCCAGAAUCUUUGGUCAACUGUACAAAGCUAACGGUAUUAAACCUCGGCCACAACAGGAUUGGCAGCUCACCCUCCACGCCAUGAUCAGUUGUUCACGUCCGCUUUGAAACUAGUAUUGGCAAAUUGCAACCCUAAAGAUAUCUGGGAAGUCAACCAGUGAGCCCAGUUGAAGGAUAGACGUUCGGCAAAGAGGACAAUUGGACCGAGUCCUGAGCCAUUUAUCCACGCAUUGGGAGUGAAAACCAUGGUGGCACCUUGGCAGAACUUUCACUUUGUCUCCGUCCUGAAAAAGACUCAGACAAAUAGAGCACUCGGAUUCUGGGCAAGUCUCAUGAUUCAACCUGGACCGAUAAGAGAAGAUUGGCAAGCCCCUGAUGGUAGCAGGGUCUAACCCAAUUGGCGGGGGUGAUCCUCCAUCCUGGUUCUGGCUGCUGGAGGAGGAGCUAGCUCUGCUAUGGAUGCAAACAUAGAGAAAGUAGAGAAACAAGAAACUAAAGAAGAAGAAGAAGAAGAAGAACAGAAACAGGGCACCAAGAAGGGGACUCUUUUCUUCAGAUUUGUCCUCGAGAAGAUUACUGAAAUGAAUCGGCUCAAUAUCUUGAGAAUCCAUGCAAAUAACUUUUGGGAAUGUGUUCCGUUGGAUCAUGUGCAUAUUGUAUGCGUCUAGAUUCUAGAGACUAUAUAUGGAAUAUCAGUUUUAGCA